AUGGUCUGCUUCCAGAGUCUCCCCGUCGAGCUUCACAAGACGUUUUGCGACUUUCUCGACCGCGACGACCUUUCAAGCCUGGCCCGUACGAAUCGCUGUCUGCGAGCACUAUACACGCCGGCCUUCAAGACGCAUCUGCGGCUCGAUGGCUCCGAAGAGCUCCUGCGUUUCUUGGCGCAUCAUUUGUCGCCUUCUCACCCCGAGGCAGGCGCUUCCGACGACGACAAACCUGCGACUCCCCUGGGGUAUCAGGCGAGCCGGAUAUUCGAACGGCGACCGCAGCGUGUCUCGGAUCAAUGCCUCGACGACAUCCGACACAUUGUCCUCUACGAGCCUGGCGUGGUGUGGCGGGGCCCGCAGGAGAAGAGAGUGAGCGAGCUCUUCUCGCGCAUCGACCGGCACGCCAUCUCUGAAAACGCCGGGGGUCCGAUCGGCGCCAUCCUGGCGUUGUGCCCGAACACUGUGACGCUGAGCGUACUGCAAACACCUCUGGCCAUGAUGCCCAGCCUCGCCGCCGCGGUGGUCGCCAACACUCCUCGGCUUCGGGCCUUGACCAUACACUCGCCACACGUCGAUGCCGAUGCACUGGCCACAGUCGUCGGCGGACUUCGACACCUUGACAAGCUCGACGUUAGCGGAGUCAAGACCUGCGGCUGCAGGGGAGAGGAGGGGCAGAGGGCGGGUGUCCAUGCGCUCGCGGCGGCGCUGAGGCGCAGCAGGUCGCUGCGUCGUCUGGUGCUGACGGCGUGCAAGGCCCUGUCGACCGACAACGGCGCACUCCUCGCUCUGCUAGCACAAGCGCCUGGAAAGGGGCAAGAGGGGCGGGAGACUGGCUCGUCGCUGCGGCUGAGCAGCCUCGAGAUCCGACGCAGCCCACCCCGCCUGCCGCCAGCUCCAGCAUCUCUUCGUCGGCGGGUGCAAGAGGGUCCGCGGACGACAUAUCAGGCCACGGCAGAGACGAUCAAAUGA